AUGGGAGCAUUUGUUCGAUAUGCCUUUCUGCAGAUGGGGCCUUUCCAGAUUUGCAAAAUGACUGAAAAAGAUCUCUCCUGUCCUAUCUGCUACGACAUCUAUAGAGACCCUGUCGUCCUCUCAUGCAGCCACAGCUUUUGUAAAGACUGUCUGCAGCUGUGGUGGCGAGAGAUAAAAAUAAAAACCUGCCCAAUAUGCAAGACGAUUCCUUUACUGAACGAUCCGCCCCGUAACUUGGUGUUAAAGAACCUCUGUGAGGCCUUCUUAAUGAAAAGAGUUCAAAAACCCUCACAGCCGGAGUCUCUCUGCAGUCUGCACUCUGAGAAACUCAAACUCUUCUGCCUGCACGAUCAACAGCCAGCAUGUCUCAUCUGUCGAGAUUCAAAAGUGCACAACCGUCACAGAUUCAGACCCAUUGAUGAAGCAGCACAGGAUUACAGAAAGAAGCUCCAGGAAUUAUUGAAGCCCUUACAGAAGAAACUGGAAGCAUUUGAACAGGUUAAAGAAAAUUACAAUCAAACAGCACUCCAAAGUAAGAUCCAGGCCUUUUACACCGAAUGGCAGAUUAAAAAGCAGUUUAAGAAACUUCACACGUUUCUAAAAAAGGAAGAGGAGGCCAGGCUGGCCGCUCUGAGGGCCGAGAAGAAGCAGAAAUGCAAGAUAAUAAAGGAGAAGAUUGGGGCCCUGAGCAGAGAGAUAGAAACUCUUUCAGAAACAAUCAGAGCCACAGAGGAGGAACUGAGAGCUGAAGAUGUCUCAUUUCUGCACAACUACAGUGCUGCACUGAAAAGAAUCCAGCAGCGCCCCCUGCUGGAGGAUCCACAGCUGGUCUCUGGAGCUCUGAUAGAUGUGGCCAAACACCUGGGCAACCUGACCUACAACAUCUGGAACAGAAUGAGGGAGAUGGUCUCCUACACUCCUGUGAUUCUGGAUCCAAACUCAGCUCAUCCACAACUCAUCCUGUCUGAAGAUCUGACCAGUGUGAGUGUGGGACUGAGAAAGCAGCUUCCUGACAACCCAGAGAGGAUAGAAAACUAUUUUGUCAUCCUGGGCUCAGAGGGCUUCGACUCGGGGAUUAACAGCUGGGAUGUUGAGGUUAGAAAUGAUGGAGUCUGGUGUCUCGGUGUACUAAAGGAGUCUGUUCAAAGAAAGGGACAUAUACACACAGGAUACUGGGAAGUCUGUCACCAGGAUGGAAAAUACACAGCAUCCGCUCCACCGCUUCCAGAUAAAGUUCUCUCAGUGAAGAAGCUCCAAAGACUCCGAGUUCAGCUGGACUGGGACAGGAGGAAGCUCUCGUUUUUUGAUCUGGACACCAACUCACACAUACACACCUUCAAACACACUUUCACUGAGAAGCUUUUUCCAUACAUUGGCACCAAGACUCUGCCGGUGAAAAUAUUACCAGUGAUGGUCGGUGUAGAAAAACACAGGGUUCCAUUAUCAGUGAAGUUUUCGCCUCUUUCUAAACUCGGUCUGAUUUAAUCAAAGCAACUGAGAAAUAAACGUUCUUAUAAUGAAA